GCGGCGGCGGCUGCAGCAGCAGUGGCAGCGGCGGCGGCGGCAGCUUCGAAGCCCUCGGACAGCAGCAGCGGCAGUGGAGGCAGCGCAGGGAGUCCCGGGGCGCAGGGCGCCAAGUUCCCGGAACACAACCCCGCGAUCCUACUCAUGGGCUCCACUAACGGUGGGCCGGUGGUCAAGACUGACUCGCAACAACCCCUAGUUUGGCCCGCCUGGGUCUACUGCACACGCUACUCGGACCGUCCGUCUUCUGGUCCACGCACCAGGAAGCUAAAGAAGAAAAAGAACGAGAAGGAAGACAAGCGGCCUCGGACGGCGUUCACGGCCGAGCAGCUGCAGAGACUCAAGGCGGAGUUCCAGGCAAACCGCUACAUCACGGAGCAGCGGCGACAGACCUUGGCCCAGGAGCUCAGCCUGAACGAGUCCCAGAUCAAGAUCUGGUUCCAAAACAAGCGUGCUAAGAUCAAGAAAGCCACGGGUAUCAAGAAUGGCCUGGCGCUGCACCUUAUGGCCCAAGGACUGUACAACCACUCUACCACCACGGUCCAGGACAAAGACGAAAGCGAGUAGUUGUGGCCAGCCCGGGGCCCGCGGUCCAACCGCGCCCGUGCCACCUCCUGGCUCCGCGGGGCUGCCGCUUCACCAGCCCCACGCCGCCUUGCAGAGAUGAUCGCUAAGAAGGGAGGCAUCAACCAUUAACCGGGAAGACAGAGAAAGCAAGCGAGAGAAAGCAAUCCUCCGAGUGGACAUUCACAUUGGAAUGGAACGGUUUUUGAAACGGGAGAAAGACUCGGACAGGUGCUAUGGGGAAAAAAAAGAUCUAUUCUCUAACUCACAGUAUAAGACAAAACUGCGAAUUCCUUAAAGCUCUAUCUAGCCAAACUGCUUACGACCGUGUAUAUAUUUAAUUUCAGGUAAGGAAAACAAAUAUGUGUAGCGAUCUCUAUUUGCUGGACAUUUUUAUUAAUCUCAUUUAUUAUUAUUGUUAUAAUUAUUAUAAUUAUUAUAAUUAUUUUAUCCCCCAUCCCCACUUGCUGCCCCCAGCCCAGUUUCGUUUUCGUUGCUUUUAUCUUUUGAAUGUUUUUGCUUCUCUGGGUACCUCCCGUCCUCCAACGCUGGCCCUGGUUUCUCUGGGACUUUUCUUUGUGUGCGCGUGAGUGUGUCUCCUUGCGUGUCUGCCCUUUGCCUUUCCUCUACCCACCCAGGAUUCUUCCACUGGUCUUGUCUGUCCUCCUAAACCCCUUUCCUUUUCUGGAGACUCCUUGAGAAAUACAACCCCACAGACUGCGAGACUGAACCGCCGCUACAAGCCAAAGAUUUUAUUAUGUUCAGAAACCUGUAGUCUGAAAUAAAAUGUUCACUGUGUUCAUGA